AUGUCUGAAGAAAAAGUUGAUGUUUCGAUCAUUAGAAAAUCUUUUCAGCAUUUCUCAUGGAUAGAUUAUUCAGUGUUCGUUGUGAUGUUGACAAUAUGUGGCGGAAUUGGUAUUUACUUUGGGUUUGUGAAGAAGCAGAAGUCUACUCAGGAUUACUUGAUGGGUGGGAGGAAUAUGAAGUUGGUUCCAGUCUGCUUUUCUCUGGUAGCCAGUUUCAUUUCUGGAAUAUCCCUGCUCGGCACCCCGACGGAGAUGUAUAUUUAUGGCACAUCAUACCUGUUCUUCCUCACUGGAGCGGCUCUGAUGUCUGUGAUCAUCUUCCACACAUUCCUCCCAGUACUACACGAGUUGAAAUUGACUUCAGCUUAUGAGUAUUUAGAACUCCGUUAUGAUAAACGACUCAGAGUUUUCGGAUCCGUUAUAUUCAGUGUAUACCUGAUGGCAUGGCUCCCAAUCGUCAUUUAUGUACCAGCUUUGGCCUUCAAUCAAGUAACUGGUGUGAACAUCCACGUAAUAACCCCUAUAGUUUGUUUCGUGUGCAUAUUUUACACGUGUUUGGGUGGCCUCAAAGCUGUGGUGUGGACAGACGUGAUUCAAACCGUUAUUAUGGUGGGAGCGAUGAUCCUCGUUAAUAUUAAAGGUUCUUUCAUGGUAGGGGGGUUCGACGAAGUGAUAUUGAAAAACUGGAAUACAAGUCGUAUAGAAUUACCUACGUUCUCGUUCGACUUGACAGAAAGGCAUUCGAUAUGGUCAGUGUCCAUAGGAUCCACGUUCUAUUGGAUCGGAAACAUCGCAGUCAAUCAGUCAAUGAUGCAAAGGUUCUUAUCUUUGCCCGACUUGAAACAGUCUAGAAGAGCCGUUUGGGGUUUUCUCGGUGGAAUAACUACAAUAGUGUUCAUAUGUGCAUUCAGCGGUCUAGUGGCCUUCGCUAGGUAUUACGACUGCGACCCUCUUAACUCGAAGUUGGCUCUUGCGAAGGACCAGAUCCUACCAUUGCUGGUAAUGGAUCUCCUUUCUGAGUGGAAGGGAAUGCCUGGGAUAUUUGUCGCCGGUGUGUUUAGUGCAGCAUUAAGUUCCUUGUCCACUGGACUCAAUUCAAUGUCAGCUGUGGUAUUGGAAGAUUUCUGGAAGCCGUUCUUCAAGAAACCAACCCAAAAGCAAACACAGAUUCUUGUGAGAGCAGUAGUUGUUAUUUUGGGAUUCAUUUGUGUAGCUUUAGUAUUCGUGGUAGAAAAAUUAGGGUCAGUACUACAACUUACUAUGAGCCUUUCUUCGGCAUCCAUGGGACCUCUCGCUGGUAUUUUUCUUAUGGGAUUAUUCCUACCUUUUAUGAAUUCAACGAGUGCAUUGAUUGGUGGAAUUUCUGGUUUAAUAUCAGCCUGGUGGCUGGUUGCUCAGUCACAACUGGCCCAAGCCAAAGGCCUACUCCGUUUUAAAGAGAAAGAAAGGUUUACACAUAACUGCACUUAUGUCUUUGAACAGCCUGCGAAUAAUAUAGAAGAUAUGAGCAGCGAAAUACCUUACUUGUAUCGUAUCUCAUACUUAUGGGUGACGGCGUUUGGCUGCAUUAUUACUGUUUUAGUAGCGUGCGCUGCUAGUCUACUAGUAACGUCCAGACAAACGCAUCGGGACGAAAGACUAUUCGCGCCUAUACUAAGGACAUGGAUCAAGAAGAAGAAAAGGUUCUUAUAA